CAGGGUUGCACUAAAUUGCCCAGGGGCAGAGCUGUAAGCAGCCCCUAGUUUAGGUAGACUAUUUUAACUUCUUUUUAAGAGGGCUGAAUUUGUAGGGAUGAGGGAGCGAAAUUAGGCACCGCGAGGGUAGAGGUGGAUGGAGGUCCUCUGAGGUGAAUAUGUAACCCUAGGCCAAGGCGCCCAACCUGCAGGAAGAAGAGGCCAAGAGGAGAAGGGCCGAAGUAAAAAGCGAUGCCAGGAGAAACCCACUUUUGAAAGGCCCUUUCCGGUUACAAGGCACUCUCACAUGCUUUAUCUCAUCGGACACAGCAUCCUUUCUGCUGGCUUCCGGCGUCUACAGACGUAAAAGGACCAACGCGAAGGCACUCUUCAAAAUCCAGACCCCAAGAGGGCCCGCUACCCACCCGUUCCCGCAGCUCCGGAGCCCGCGGCCCGCCCGCGCCCCCUAGGCGUCCACCGGGCGCGCACGUCACUCGCCCGCUGCCAAUCGGCGCCGGGCAGGUCACCUCUCGUCCCGGGGCUCGCAGCCCCGCCCGCCGCUGCCGCCGCCGCCGGGGCCCGGACUUCAAGCGCCCACCGGUCGCCUCCGCUCUCGGCGCAGGCGCGGCAGCUCGGCUGGAGAGGGGCGGGGGCUUGGGAGAGAAAGGACGCCGCCGGCAAGGAUGGUGCUGGAGAGCGUGGCCCGCAUCGUGAAAGUGCAGCUCCCCGCAUACCUUAAGCGGCUCCCAGUCCCCGAGAGCAUUACCGGGUUCGCCCGGCUCACAGUUUCAGAAUGGCUUCGGUUGUUGCCUUUCCUUGGUGUGCUUGCAUUACUUGGCUACCUUGCAGUUCGUCCAUUCCUCCCAAAGAAGAAACAGCAGAAGGAUAGCCUGAUUAAUCUUAAAAUACAAAAGGAAAAUCCCAAAGUGGUGAAUGAAAUAAACAUUGAAGAUUUGUGUCUUACGAAAGCAGCUUAUUGUAGGUGUUGGCGUUCUAAGACGUUUCCUGCCUGUGAUGGUUCACAUAAUAAACACAAUGAAUUGACAGGAGAUAAUGUGGGUCCACUAAUACUGAAGAAGAAAGAAGUAUAAUAGUAAUGAAUUAGGAUUGAAUUCAAUUGUGUGCUGUAAAAUCUUAUAACUAUUUUUUCAUUCUUGUGUUAUAGAUCUUUCAAAACGGUGGUCUUAAUUAUUAAUACUGGUUAAAUAGUUAUUUCUGCCAAUUUCUUUUUCUUGCUACACUACUGUUUAUAUUUGAUAUUUCGUAUCUUCAGUCAUUUAUAUAGAAAUUACUGUAUAAAAGUGUACAAUCCUUUCAUUCUGACUUCAAAGAGUUAAUGUAUCUUCCUACAAAAAAACCAACACUUCUGAUUUUAAUUAAUUGAGAAAAAUCUAAGUUUUUGGCCAUGGGUCUAAAACUCUUUAUGUGAAUAUCAAUAUUUUCAAUACUUAAAAAUUUUCUCCCUACACUAUUAAAGAUAUUAUUUUUCAGUUAUCUUCUGUUCUGGUCAUUUGCAGUGAUUUUUUUCUUUUUCAGCCUUCAACACUCCAUUCUUUUUAGAUCACUAAGAAAAUUAUUGCUCUCAAGAAUUACUUGAGUUUUCCAAGAGAUAAACCCCUUUGCUUUAUAGAGAUGUUGUCUAAUAAAUAUGUUUCCCAGUUUCAGAAAGACGUGAAUUGGAUAUAAAAAGUUCCAACAAGGAACACUUAUUUACACUGUAAAAGUUUUAUUUACUUUGCAAAGGCUUGUUUGUAUGUUCAUGGAUGUUGUGUAUAUGUAUAGUGAGCUGUUUGACUCAGUGACAGCGUGGGUGGGGUGGCAAGAACACUUACAGCUAAACUCAUGAGCUGCUGCAAUUUGAAGGUCCAAUUAGAAAUAAAGCAUAUCUGAAUUUAUAUUAAAAUAAUAAACAGUUCAGUGGUCAAAAUUGUGUUAAUAUGAACAUUUUCCUUUUUAUAAUAGUGUAAACCCUACAAAAAGUUGCAUAAUAAACUUACUGGAGAAUCUUUAAAACUUUGCAACUUUUUAGCCCAAGAAUCUGUUUAGUUUUAUUUUCAUAUUACAAGCUAUCCUUAUGUCUGUCUGUUAAAGGUAGACUCCAGUAGGUUCACUCUGCCUCCAUUAUAAAUGAAGAAGGUACAUGAGGCAGACAUAUGUAAUUAUUCUUCCCAUCAUAUUCAAAGCUAAUAGUUAGUGACCACUUAUAUGUAUGUCCCAGCCACUGCACUAAGCAGUGGUAGUGCAGUGGUACUUGGAUUUUAAUUUAUUACAUGUAAUGUCAACAGUUUCUGUUGUGUGAUUUUUUUACUUUCUCUUGACCAAUAGGAGGAAUUUUAGAGUUAGAAAUGUAGUUUGUGGUUUUGAGAAGUUUUACAAAACUGUAUGUCCUAAAUUGUUGCUUUUUCCUCAUCUGACCUGUGAGAAUGGACAAAUACAACAUUGCUCUCA